UCAGCGAGCCAGGAAUCCUGCGGGCGGUGCCUCGUUCCGCCGCGGCGCUGUCUGUCGGAAGUUGCGCUGCUGAGGUGCCUGUGGCAGCUGCAGCCUUGUCCCGCAGGGAGGGACCGGUACUCCAGCCGUAGCGUCCAAACCCCCGAGGGCCGUCGCCACCAUGGAUUACGGGGAGGAAAUGGACCGUGACUAUGGGCAUGGUGCCUAUGGUGGCCCAAGAGCUAUGGACUCUUAUAUGAACCAAUCAUAUGGAAUGGAAAGUCAUGGAGGCGGCGGUGGAGGUGGUGGUGGUGGUAACAGGUUUGGACCUUAUGAGUCUUAUGACUCCGGGUCUUCUCUGGGUGGGCGAGAUCUAUACAGAUCUGGCUAUGGUUAUAAUGAACCCGAACAAAGCCGCUUCGGAGGUAGUUAUGGUGGUCGAUUUGACAGCAACUACCGGAAUAGCCUUGACUCUUUCGGAGGUAGAAACCAGGGCGGGUCUAGCUGGGAAGCACCUUACUCACGCACAAAGUUGAGGCCUGGGUUUAUGGAGGACAGAGGAAGAGAGACUUACUCUUCCUACAGCAGUUUUUCUUCACCCCAUAUGAAGCCUGCACCUGUAGGCUCUCGGGGGAGAGGAACGCCUGCUUAUCCUGACAGUGGAUUUGGAAGCAGAAACUAUGAUGCUUUUGGAGGACCAUCAACAGGCAGAGGCCGUGGCCGAGGAUAUAUGGGAGACUUUGGAGGCAUGCAUAGACCUGGAAUUGUGGUAGACUAUCAUAACAAACCGAGUUCUGCAGCUGUAGCUGCAAGAGGAAUAAAGAGAAAAAUGAUACAACAGCCGUAUAAUAAACCAGGUGGGACAUUUAUCAAGAAACCCAAACUGACAAAACCUAAUGUGAAGAUGAACCAAAACCAACCUAGUGUCAAACCAGAAGUGAAAAAUGAAGAAGAAGAAAAACGUCGUAUUGAGGCAAGACGAGAGAAACAAAGGCGUAGGAGGGAGAAAAACAGUGAAAAGUAUGGUGAUGGUUACAGAAUGGCAUUCACCUGUUCAUUCUGUAAGUUUCGAACGUUUGAAGAAAAAGACAUUGAAGCGCAUCUGGAAAGUCCUGUUCAUCAGGAAACAUUAGAUCAUAUUCAGAAACAAACAAAGUUUGACAAAGUUGUGAUGGAGUUUCUGCAUGAAUGCAUGGUGAAUAAAUUCAAGAAGACUGCUAUGCGUAGGCAGCAGACUAUUAGUCAAAUGGAAGCUGCUCAGAUUGCUGAAAAAGAUGUAAUGGAAGGUGUCACAGCUGAUGACUAUAUGAUGAAAGUUGAGACUGUGCUCUGCUCUGCAUGCAGUGUAUAUGUUCCUGCAUUACACAGUUCUGUUCAGCAGCACUUAAAGUCUCUUGAACAUGCAAAAGGAAAACAGACUUACAAAGAGCAAAUUAAAAGAGAGAGUGUACUAACAGCUACCAGCAUCUUGAAUAACCCAAUUGUGAAGGCACGAUAUGAACGUUACGUCAAGGGAGAGAAUCCAUUUGAAGUUACAGAUCAAAAUGCUGAGCAGCAGGAAGGAGAGGACAAAUCAAAUGAACCUGCAGAAGAGGAGGAGGACGAAGAGGCAGAAGCUGAGGAGGAAGAGGAAGAAGCAGAAGGAGGAGAAGGUGGAGAAGGAGAAGGUGGAGAAGGAGAAGGUGGAGAAGGAGAAGAACAAACUGACUUCACUCUUGACCAAACGGAAGAUAGUUAAAUGCAAGAAAUUUUGCUCAGGCAGAAGAACGUGCUGCUUUAUUUUUCUGUUAAUGCAGCUAAGUGUAAAAUUUCUAAUCGUUAAAUGUGAGGCUUGUGUUCUCAUCCCCUACCUCUGCAUGCAUUCCAUUUAAAUUGAAAUUGUGUUUGUGUACUCUUUUACCUUUGCUUAAAAUGAAGAUAAAACUGUUUUUAGUUUGGCUUUUAUAAUAACUCUGCUGUUUGAAAUAGUAUAAUAUUCUAUAUGUUUUUAGACAUUGAUUUUCCUCUUUUGAUUGUUGAGACUUGGAUGUUAAAGAAAUAGGAAGUUUAAAUCAUUUCAAGAUAGAUGUGUUGCAAGUAAAUGCGGCAUAUUUAGUCCUAAAACAUGUAGAAUUAUGUUGUGAGUGCAGCUGUCUUUUCGACAGUAUCACUCAUGGUAAAACAUGUGUUAUGACGUACCUUGUAGGUUGUUUUGUGAAAUAAAUGUAUUUGUUUAUAGCAAUAAAGAAUUUUAGAAACAUU